AUCCAAUUCCCAGUGGAUAUCGCGACCGGUAUGGUGUAGUGCAUAUCUGAUUUCCUUUCCUUCUUGUUUCCUCACUCUCCAAAUACCUCGACAUGUCGGAUCCAGGCCCAAUAGCCCAGGCCUUUGGCCGCGUUGCCUACGAGUUCGCGCUCGUACAGCCAAUGCUACCCACCUACUUCCACCUCCUCGUGUCGGCCGUCUUCCCUAUCUACGCCGGCGCUCACGCAUCACUGUCUCCCCCGUCCUCCGCGGCAAAGCCGGACAAGAAAAACAAGAAGUCUGCGACUGACGAGGACGAUGAAGAGGAUGAGGAAGAGGAAUACCAGAGGAUGGAGGGUCUUUCGCCCAGAGAUGCUCUGAUGUUUCCCCUCAUGGCAGGCACAACUUUGGCUGGGCUAUACUUCUUGCUCAAGUGGCUCAAGGACCCUGCGCUGCUCAACAAGAUUCUCAAUGGAUACUUUGCCAUCUUUGGCGUGUUCUCGGUUUCCCGACUGGUCACGGAUGCUUUGGAUAUUGGCCAUUCCCUUAUAUUCCCGAAACGAUACGCGCUCGGAGGCACGUUAUACCAAGUCAGCAACGUGGACAAAACCGCGAAACCGGUCUUUGGCAACGGUAAAGCCAGCGAUGUCGUCCAUUCGCCUCUUCCCGGGUUUCUUUCUCGCAUACCGCUACCCCUACGGGUUCGGAACGUUCUAUGGACUGAUAGAGCUAUGCCCAGCAAUAAGUGGAUAAUUCGGAUGUAUAUUCAUCGAAUAGUUGCUGCUAAAAUGAAGAUUGGAAGCCAUGGUGUGGCUGGUGCGGUCAUAGCUCUUGCGGCAGUGACUUACUUCAAUUUUGUUGACAAGCCUUGGUACCUGACCAACCUGAUGGGCUUUGGUUUCUCGUACGGAGCCCUACAGCUCAUGUCACCCACAACCUUUGCCACGGGGAGCCUUAUUCUCGGCGCGCUAUUCGUCUACGACAUUUACUUUGUCUUCUUCACCCCGAUGAUGGUCACUGUUGCCACAUCCCUCGAUGUCCCAAUCAAGCUCAUGUUUCCUCGGCCUUCAUCCCCUAGCGCAGAUCCUGCCAUUCGAUCACACGCAAUGUUGGGCCUCGGCGACGUGGUACUACCUGGCAUCAUGAUCGGACUCGCGCUCCGAUAUGAUCUUUACCUAUUCUACCUAAGAAAGCAGACUCAGUCGGCCCCAGCUUUGGACCUUGGUGAUGGCGUAAAACCCACUAUCGUCAAGGAGAAAUACUUCUCUCUCUCCGGCCGUUGGAGCGAGCAUUUCUGGACUCACACUUGGACCGGUCGCCCACUCUUCUCCUUUCUGCUUGCUUCCCAACAACCUCACUUUACGUUCCCCAAAACAUAUUUCAACGCCAGUCUUGUGGGAUAUGUCGUUGGUAUGCUCACAACCCUGGGAGUCAUGCAAAUAUAUGGUCAUGCCCAGCCUGCCUUAUUAUACCUGGUCCCUGGUGUUCUAGUCUCGAUAUGGGGCACUGCGCUGGUCCGCGGCGAGCUCAAAGAGAUGUGGGAUUACUCCGAGGCCAUUGAUGAAGAGGAAGAAGAUGAAAGGCAAGGCAAUGGCGAAGGAUCGUCAGUCCGUGAGCAGCAUCGACCGAGCUUCUUCUCCCUUGAGAGCCAUCAACGCCAAGCCGAUAAAUUGGAGAAAGCCUUCAAUCGCCAUAUAAAGAAUGGCGAGGAUAGCGACUGGGAAGACGCGGGCCGUGAGGAAAGCAGCAGUGAUAGGUCGGACAAUAAGAGUAACGACUCACUAUCUCACCCACAAACCUUGCCUCAAGAGGACGUGGUACAAGAUAUCCACAAGAAAACGAAGAAGAUCACCGCGCGAAACAAGGAUCGUGAGCUGUUAUCCUUCUCUAUCGAGGCUCCGUGGACACUUUCGUCCCCACAAUCGAUCGCAAAGCCGGAAAAAGCCUCCUCUGAACCCGAGAAACAUGCAAAUGCGACGACGAUUGAAAUCCAAGACCCUAGCUCAAAUUUGUCAGGUCUGAGCACUGGAACAGACUUGGGGAAGGAGAAGCCAAACUGGAAGACACUAGAGCGACAGACGACGGAUGGCGAACAUGCUGGGAAGCGGCUUAGGACCGCUUGACACAUCAAGGACGAUGUCCGCUAUGAAUGACGGUAAUGAAUAUGCAUAGCGAUGGUGUUAUUGGUAUCGGACUACUUCUACGAAAUUAAGAUAGGGCUUAAAUGGCGAUUCAGGAAUCAUUAGGAGCACUGGCUGUCUAUCCUCCGAGUUCGAUCUCAGACAGACGUCGAGGCACUCGAAUAUGCACUCAAAGUGACUGAAGCUACAAUGCAUUGAACACUAAUUUGAGCAAUGA